AAACAACAACAAACAUUUAGUAUUAUUAACAGAGGGCGCUAAAUUUUUCAUCCUUAUCUUUUUAACUUGAGAAGGAUCAAAUAACUUGUAUUUCCAGUACUAGUAGUAAUUUUAUGAUUUAUCAUAUGGACGAAAUGUGUUGAUUGUUAUGAAUCUGGUGAUAUAUCAGGAAUUGGUGUUUGUAUCGGUUAACUACUGGCAAACCACAACAAAAGGACUUAUGAGAAACAACCAGCUAAUAAUUUAAAAACUUAGAACAAGGAGGUUUUUAAGUAUGUUAAAGAAUCAAAGAAAGUACCAGUUGAAAUUUGAAAACAUACCAGCUCUCGUCAGUGAAAAUGGCAUUUCAUUCUUUUAGGAAGUUAACUCAUCUACAGACAAGACUUUCCUUGUAUCUUUGUGCAAGAAAACUGUCAAAUGCAACUCUGCCACUCACUUUCCUUUGCCAGCAUUAUUAUCCGAAAAGCAAUAUUAAAACUAGAAUGCCAUCUUUUGUUUUGGACUGUUCUAAUAAGACUGCAUGUAAAGCUGGUCAGAAUAGUUUUCUUCUUUCUGCUCAGCUAGUAUGUACUUCUUCAGUUCAGAAUUUGAAAGAAGAUCAUAAAACCAAAGCUCUGCAAAUAAUUUCUGACUUACGCCACCUCAAAGCCUCUCCUGCUGCAGCACUGACAUAUGGGUUUUUAGGCCUUAUUCCUUUCCUUGUACCACCUUUUUAUAUAAUGUCAUCAGAGGUUUACAUACCUUCAUUAGCUUUUGCUCAACUGGCAUAUGGAGCAGUAAUAUUAUCCUUUUUAGGUGGAGUUCGAUGGGGCAUAACUCUACCCGAAGAAAGUAUUGUUAAGCCAGAUUGGCAGUGUCUCGGUUAUAGCGUUUUGCCAUCUUUGAUUGCAUGGGUUGGACUGUUGCUUCCAGAUUAUCUGAACACACUCACUGUGAUAGGUGGAUUAGGCUUAGCUGCUUACCUGGAUACCACCAUGUAUGGUUAUCCUCCUUGGUUUAAGGCUCUGCGAUUUACUUUAUCAUUUAUUGCUUUAUUAGCUUUAUGGACAACACUAACUUGUAGUUUGAUGUAUGAGCAUAAAGGAAAGGCUAAGAAAGUGCAAGUGCUAGAGAAUAUCGAUUGAAAGGUUCUAAAGCACUCUCUAAUGAGAAGGUUAGUCAAACUGUGGACUCAGUUAAAACAUGCAGUUCUAUUAGGAAAUCUUGAAUGUUUAGUUUAAUUAUUUAUUACAUUAACCUAAAAGAAGUAGUUUUUUUUUCAGAGCCAAACUAGAAAAGGACUUAAGUUUUCUAGAUUAUAAAGCAAAACAUUUCUUGAAAUUACGUUAUUAAGACCACCAAUGUUUUUGUAGGAUAUGAAAAAGAAACUCAUUUUUGUUGCACCAUAGUUUUUAAUAAAACUAAUAAGUUAGAAAACUGGAUUGAUUGUUAUUACUGAUACAUUAGUCAAUUGCAAGGGUUUCAGAAACAUCAUAUAUUAUGCUGAAUGUGGUUACAAGGCAUAAUAAUAAUGAUAUUAUUUUAAGUCAAAGUACAUGUUUUUAUGCAUUAAUCUACUGUUUUAUAUAUAUAUAUAUAUAUAUGUAGGAACUUAAAAGAACUUGUGCUCAGUAAACCAUUAAAUCUUGUUCAAAAUUUACAUGUACUAAUAAAACAAGUUAAAAAACA